AUGCCAAGCUAUGUGAAAUUUAUGAAGGAAAUCUUGUCAAAGAAAAAGAAGUUGGAGGAUUAUGAGACACUGGCGCUUACUGAGGAGAGUAGUGCUAUUUUGCAGAAGAAACUACCUCCCAAGCUUAAAUAUCCGGGUAGUUUUGUGAUUCCUUGCUCAAUAAGAGAUACUGUCAUGACCAAGGCCUUAUUUGAUUUAGGGGCUAGUGUAAAUUUAAUGCCCUUAUCUAUUUUUCGGAAGCUGAAAUUGGGAGAAGCUUGCCCCACUACUAUGUCCUUACAAAUGGCAGAUUGCUUUGUUAAGCAACCUUGUGGAGUAAUUGAGGAUGUAUUAGUUAAAGUUGCCACAAGGAGAGCACUAAUUGAUGUACAAAAGAGGGAGUUGAAGUUGCGAGUGCAAAACGAAGAGGUAACAUUUAAUGUUUUUUCAGCAAUUGAUAUUCCAACUUGUUGUAGAGUGGAUGUGGUAUGUAAUGGUGGUAGUAAUUUGGAAACCACCAAGAGAAAAACCAAUGCUAAAAUUGGUAGUCGAGCAGUUCAUCAUUGUUUGAAAUGGUUCUGUAUUGGGAAGGCUCGAAGGCUAAACGAGCGGUGGAAGGCUCUGAUGAUAAGCAACAUCAAAAGAUGA